GGGAGAAUAAAAGACAUUUCAAGUAGAAAAAUUCUUGAUGAUGCCACACGAAAACGCCGUCAAAAGCGCCAUCUUGAGGCCUUGGAAAAGGAUAACUUUCAAGAAGACCCCCACUCUCACCUGACAGUGGUCCCUGCCAAAAUGAAGGUCCCUGCCUUCAAUGAUACCAUGGAAGGUAAUUUAUUAUGGAAGUUGUAAAAAUGUAAGCUACAACCAGAAACACAUUAUUAGUUGAGAUGUUUGGCCCCCACCUGCAUCCCCACAGGUAAUUAAUUAGCACUUGUCUUCCCUUUGCACCAAAAAACACUGCCCUUAACAAUCCUAAUUAAGUUUAGUAUAUACUAAAAGAGUGGAUAGUGUUUUUUGCACGCUCUGAUUGCAUACUCAAACUCGGGAUAUCCAGUGCUAUGUACUAAUUCACCUUCAGGCUCCUUGGAAGCAAUGCCAAACUCACUUAGUUAUGAGCUAAAUGGUGUCCCAGUUUGCUACCAAAACAAACAGAGAAAUUUCACAAAUAUAUUAAGAAGCUGUUCCCGAAAAACAUGAAGAAGGCAAAGAAAUCUGGCAGUUUGGCAGUUUUUACGGGUUAAGCUUUAUCUGUUUAACCUAGAAUUUAUUGGUGGAAAAGUUUUUUUUCUCCUAAUACAAAUCAGGUCUUGUGUUACUUCAUGUAACAGAAUGGUUUUAAAGACAGAAAGAAUGUACAACUCUUUUGGAAGAAAUGUCCCCUCAACAGCUAGUCAAAUACAGUGAAACCUCUAUUAAGUGAACACCUUCCGGACCUUCCCAAGUGUUUGCUUAAUAGAGGGAGUCUGCUUAGUACAGUUUAUAAAAAUUGUGCAAUGUUUGUUAUAAAGUUCCAAAGAACCUUUAGGUGAACUUUGAUGGAGGAUCGGCCAGGUACCAGUCUAAUCUACAGUUUAUUGGACAGCUAAAUGUAUUGAUUUAUCCUUAUUAAUUGACUACCGUUUGUAUUUCAAGGACAUAAUCCAAUACUAGUAUUGUCAAUUCAGUGCAGUGUCCGCUUAAUAGAGGUUUUUAACAAUAGAAAUUAGCCAGGUACAUUUUUUUUUAUUGUCCACAUCCACUUAAUAGAGGUGUCCACUGAAUAGGGGUUUGUUAUAAAGGGAAAUAUAAGACAUUUAUUUCGGGACCCAUCUUAGUGUCCGCUUAAUUGGGGCUCUGCUUAAUAGAGGUUUCACUGUACCUUCAAAAGUUUAUAUAAUUUUUUAUAUAUGGACAAGAAAACAUGACAGCCGUUUGGUCAAUUUUGUGCCAAAAUUGAAAUCAUUGGCAGCAAUCUGUGAGUUAGAAAUCAUCAUUUUCACCUCAAUUAUCUGCCACUAUCCACCUCCACUUUGGUAAAUAUUUGUUAUUUCUAAAUGUUCACAGAUAAAAGAAAGAAAAGGAGAUCGAAAACAGGAGAGCUGUUUAAACAGGUCUGUAAAUAUAGGUUAAUGCUCAGCACAUUUCAGUUGACAAUACAACUAUAAACUUACAAGUCUAUAAGAGAGUGUAAGGGGAUAUCGCUUUUUGGUAGGAGGAUAUUUUUUUUAGGUAUUUUUUAAGCCCACUUUCAUACUCAACCUGUGCCGUAGGAUUUGCAACUUUUAUCAUCGCUUCAUCAAGUUUUGAAGAUGGUUCCAGCUUUGUAUAAUACAUUUUUGAAGUACACAUAAAAAUAAUCAGUGCAUAACUUACUUAUUUUUUCUGGGGGCAUUAACAAUAUUAUUCCUUUUGUUUUAUCAAAUUAUUGCAGAGAUUUCGAAGAACUUUUGCCAUGCUACUAGAGGAGGCAGUAAGUAACAAUGAUUCUUUUAACUCUGAAGUCAUUAUUUAACCAACCUUAGAAGAAUAACAUUAAAUUUAGGAGAAAAGAUUUUUCUUUAGAAUAGCAGAUUGUGGACUGCAUGUUUCCUCUUACAGUUGCUGUUCUUGGAAAUCAUGCAUUUCAUGUGUAACCUACAGAUUAGCCAGUUUCCUGUAACUUAUGCUAGCAGUUAUAACUAAACUAAUCUGUACAGUAGGCUGUAGGGCUGAUUUCCAAAAUUAACUGUAGCCAUAUGCAUGACUGCAAUAUCUACUACAUGUCAUAUGAUAUUAAAAAAAUGUCCAUUUUUAUCCAGGAACAGGAAUCUGAAGUUGGUGAACCAUCCUAUUCCUCAGCCAAUGUUCCACCAUCUAAAUUUCCAGAAAGACACUUCUGUUCUGUGUGUGGAUAUCCUUUUAAAAGCAUUUUAAACCAUUACCAAAGAUUCCAUGGCUCCAGCAAAACAUAGCCCCAUUGAAGGGAAGUAGACUUAGAUUUUACAUUCAAGCAGCAAGCUUAAGGAGGUCACAAUAUACAUCAAAUACAUUGCUUAAUGCUAAAUAACAAUAAUACUUCAAAGGUCUUUUCAUAAAAUGAACAGCCUGUGUUGCAGAUGUAAUUUAACCUGGGUUAGUAAUGCCUGCGAAGCAGACUCUAAAGCGCUUUUGAUCAUUUAUAUAUGUUAAAAGGCCCUAUAGUAAAUUUGUAAAUUAUUAUUGUGUUAGCAGCACCAAUACCCUUGUUCUGGGCCUCAAACAGACUCAACAAAUUUCCAGAAGUACAUUUCGCAUUUCCAUUCAUCUUGAUUGGCAAAUCACUUUUAACAAGCUAAUUGUGGUGGUACACUGGCGGGGGCACGGAACAAGGAUUUUGGUGCUGUUUCACAGAUGAACUUAACCAGAGUUUAGUUUUGUUUGUACUUCCUUGACUGGUUCAUACAUUUCCCUCAAACUACACAUGUGUUUCUUGUGGAGCAAGGUAUUGCUGUGUGAAAUGUCUAGGAACACAUCAGGACACAAGAUGCCUCAAGUGGACUGUCUGAUC